UGGUGUUGGAAAAAAUCAAAAAUUAAAAAUUGUACUAUACCUUUCUAACAAUUUCCGUUUUGUCGGUCUCGUCGCCCGUCUAUAUAGUAUUCGAUGUUCGUAUAGAGUUGCAAUAGUUAAGCUUAGAAAACCUGUAUUAUAUAAGCUUUAUAAAAUCCAACUCGUCAAUUGCUGUCAAUUCGAAAGUUCAUAAAUUGUUUGGGGUUUCUAGUCCGUCUUCCAGGUCUUAUUGACCAUUUUUUUAGGUAACUAUGAUAGAAUAAUUUAUUGGACUUCUUGUGGAUCGAUAGCAUAAAAGAAAAAUGAAGAGACAAUUUUAUAAGGUCAAGCAAUUUGCUGACCAAACUUUUUCUAGGUCUGGUAAAACUGAAGCACUUUCUGAUACUUUACAAGCAGCUGAAAAACGAGUUGAUUUCAUAAAAAAUGUUUGUCAAAAUACUACAAAGAAGUUAUCUUCUACCUUAGUUAUGCCCGGGGGUGGAUGUGAUCCUUCAAAUCGAGAGAAACGUCUUAAAAAAAUGCCUGAUUAUCUUUUGGCAAUGGCUAUGUUAGAGGGUGGUCCUAAUGAAGAUGAUAAUUUAUUGAGACAAGUCUUGGUGGAAUGCAGCAAAGUUCAAAUUUGUUUGGCUAAUGCAGGUGUAGAUUAUGAGUUACGAAUUGAACAAUCUGUACUUAAUAAGCUACAGCAAAUUCUUGAUGUUGAUGUUCCUAACGUAAUAAAACAAAAACGGUUGCUUACAAAACUCGUUCUAGACAUGGAGUCGGCUCGAGCAAAAUAUAAAGCUGCCACAUCAAAGAACUCUAAUUCUGGUAGUUCCCAUACUAACAAAAUAGACGCAGUUAAAGAAGAAAUGGAAGAUAUAGAAUUGCAAGUUGAGCAAUGUCGUGACUCUCUGGCAUCUGAAAUAUUCCAAUUAAUAUCACGAGAAUCGGAAUUAUCUUCUAUUCUUGUAGAACUUAUAAAACAUCAACGCUCUUACCACCAGACUGCAUUAGCUGUACUAGAUGAAAUAGUUCCUGAGUUAGAGACUGUAAUUGAUAGAAACCCUGCGAAACCAGUGUUUGGUCAAAACCUUGAAGACCACCUAAGAGUUACUGAACGGCGAAUUGCAUAUCCAAUUGAAUUAUGUAUUUGUGCUCUGUUAGAGUUAGGUGUAGAAGAAGAAGGAUUGUUCCGGAUUGCAGCUGGUGCUUCUAAAGUUCGAUGCAUGAAGUUGAGAUUAGAUUCCAAUUGCCUGGACCUAGAAACUGCCGUUGAGUAUAGAGAUCCUCAUAUAAUAGCUAGUGUUUUAAAGUCAUAUUUAAGACAGUUACCAGAGCCAUUGUUGACUCAUCACCUGUAUGAGGAAUGGAUGGCUGCAUCCAAAUUGCAAACUAAUGAUAGUAGAUUUCAGGCGAUCUUAAAUGUUGUGCAAAAGUUACCUCAAUCGAAUUUAAAUAAUCUACGAUAUAUCAUUAAGUUUUUGGCCUUGUUAACUAAACACCAAGAUGUAAAUAAAAUGAGCCCUCAAAAUUUGGCUAUAGUAAUUGCUCCCAAUUUACUUUGGACGCCAGAAGAUAAAAACGAUAAUAUAGGUUUAAAUAUGAAUGCAGCUGCUUGUCAUAACAUAAUUGUUGAUUGUUUGAUAUCUCAUUCUGACUGGAUAUUUCCUGGUGAGGAAGAAUUUUAUGUGACACUAGAUUCACUGAAUAUAAAUGAUUUUAAUGGUCAUAAAAGAUCUAGUAGUGGGGAUACACAUUUAAUAUCAACGAAUGAAUCUCCCCCUGAUUCAAACUUGAAACGAAGUAGAUCUAGUACAAAUAUUACAGAAAUCAGUCCUCCUUCAGAAAGUCCAAAACCACAUAUUAGAGGAAGAAAAAAUAAGCCUGCUCCUGUUCCUCCUUCUCCAACAAUCAAGACCAAUAAUGAGUUGGAAAUUCUUGAGGUGGUUAUCAAGGACGAAGAUAAACCAAACUGUGAUAAACCACCUCCUGGUGCCUCAUCGUUAAAAUCUAGUCAAUCAACAGAGUCUCCAAGAGAAAAAUUAUUGGUUGGUGACACCGGCUCAUUAAAACGAACUACAAAGCCAGCAGUUGCCCCACGUACAAUUCUUGAAACAGCUGAUGAUAUAGUUUUUCGUAAGCCAGCUGUACCGGAGCGGCCAGCAUCCUUACAGAGACCUCUAAGCUCGUCGUUCAGAAGUUUACGUAUCACAGAUCUUCCUAAUGAAAAAUCUGAUGUGGACAGAGGAGGACCAAUGCUAGAAAGAGCACAUUUAUAUACUGUAUCGAAACAACAAGUGUCUUUAAUACAAUUUGGUGAAAACAAUGAAACUUCCCAUUGCAAGGAAAUAAACCAGAAUACACUUAAUAAUGAAACUUCAAAUGUAAAACAAGACAGCUCAGGUGACAUUGGUGUUUAUAAAAGUCCUAAUUUGUCUAGUCAUCGUCGUACAUCAUCGGAUGCUCAAUCAGGACAAGUUCCAAUGUUGAAGACUCCAACGAGGACCCAACGUCCUAUUCCUCCACCGCCUCCACCACCAGUUAAUUCAGGAAAAAAAGAACCAGAAAGUACAGAUCUGUAGUAUAUGAUUCAUUUAAGUUUUUGUUUCGUUAUUAGUUUACAUUUUGACCAAAGAGACAAAAGGGUCUUAUGCUCAUUUUUAAUGAUGGGUGUUAAAAAGAAAAUAUCAUUUAGUUUUUUCUUUUUAUGACUUUGUCUACCAUUAUUAUUAUUUUUCUUGUUAACUUAAAACAUGUUUCUUUUAUUUAUUUACAAAUACAUAUAUAUUUAAGUAUAUAUUUAUAACAUGGUAAUGAUGUAAAUUAUUGUGAUCACAUCAAUUUUAAUUUAUUCGAUUCAUUGUAUACUAUUUAUUAAAUUGUAUACAAAAUUUGUA